UCUUCUCCGCCGAGUAAUCCCACCACUCUCGUCUUCGUCACCACGCAAUUCUUCUUCUGUGUUCACCGAAAUGGCUCCUCUGAAGGCUAUCUGCGUGCUCGCUGGCCCCUCCGACAGCGUUACCGGCGUCAUCUCCUUUGUACAAGACGGAGCUGCUUCUGAUGUCUGGACAGGCCCGACGAUUGUGGAGGGAACAGUGAAGGGGUUGAACCCUGGCAAACAUGGAUUUCAUGUCCAUGCACUAGGGGACACAACCAAUGGCUGCAUGUCUACUGGUCCUCAUUUCAACCCCAAGGGUCUAGAGCAUGGUGCCCCCGAGGAUGAAGUUCGUCAUGCGGGAGACUUGGGUAACGUCAUCGCCGGCGAAGAUGGCAUUGCCAAGGUUUCCCUGAAAGAUGCUCAUAUUCCUUUGGGUGGUCCAAACUCAAUUAUCGGUCGCGCAGUGGUUGUUCAUGCUGAUCCUGAUGACCUCGGAAAAGGUGGACACGAGCUAAGCAAGUCUACUGGAAAUGCCGGUGCCCGCAUUGCGUGUGGAAUUAUUGGAUUUCAGGCUUCAGCUUGACUUGGAAAUGAUGAUCAGCAGCUAUGCCUUAGAGAGUUGUACAUUUUCAACAGCGACGAGGUCGAAAGAUCAAAGAUAGGUCUGCUGUCUUUAGUACAUUAGUCAUAAUAUGAUGCGAUUAUAAUCAGUGACCAAUGUUGCAGCUAUCGGCCUGUGCCCACUUGCAUUGAAUCAAAUGGAUGUUUGCACCACAGUGGAUACAUAUGGGAGCAAAUUGUGGAGGAAAUUUUCAUAAUAUAUAUCAUGCCGCAUCAAAUGCACUAGUUCU